AAAAACGGUUCAGUUCUCCGAUCUACCAGAAACAUCGUAUGGACUAUUCUUUUUAACAUUUUAUCUGCCCCAUUCUGAGGAAUUUGUGCCUGCUUUCCCGCAGAAGUCCGGGUAAGACAGCCUGUAAAACCACGAUGGUUGUGAAUGUACCUUUACGCCAUUCGCGCAUCUGCGCACCGUGAAAGGCGUAAGCUCCACAGGCUAAAACCGGAGGGCCUACUUUCACAAUUCGCCGGAAUGCCUCGAUUUACGACACUGCAUGUUUUAUUCAGAUAAGUACCAGAGUUAGCUUUGUUGUGAAUGACUGUAAUGUGCUUUUAACUUCAUUAUGACCCAAUUCCGCUGUAAUUAUGUUAUUGGCCAGAAGAUUCAUAUGUCAAGGAGGACAUCAAUUACUACCUUGUUAUGGCUCAGGUUAACUAAAAUGGCAGAUGCUGUUCAGAGCUCAACCCCAAGGCGGCCUGGUGUGGGAAUUGGAGUGCUUGUCACUGAUUCCGUUCAGCCAGGGUGUGUGCUUUUAGGAAAAAGGAAGAGUUUGGUUGGGAAGGGUGCGUAUCAGUUACCUGGAGGCCACAUUGAAUUUGGAGAGACAUGGGAGCAGUGUGCGCAGAGAGAGGUGAUGGAGGAGGCCGGGCUGCAGCUGAAAAACAUCCAUUACGCCUCUGUAGUGAACUCCAUCAAGCUAGAAGAAAACUAUCACUACAUUACAAUCUUCAUGCAAGGAGAGGUGGACAGGGCUUUCCCUUCUGAGCCUGUAAAUAUGGAGCCAGAGAAAAACGAGGGUAAACGUGUUAGUAGAUUAAGGGUGGACAUGGAGACUUUGGGAGGACUUUCCCCCAGAGGAGCAGCUCUUUUUGCCACUGGCUAAUUUGAGACAACAGGGUUUCCAGCCGUUCAGAAACAGAGGCAAAGAUUUAAUGUAAUCAAGAAACUCUGUGUUGACUUCACUGUGAGAAGAAAUGCUCUUUGAACAACAUCAGUAGAUGCUUUCUCUAACCUCAACAACUGGGAUAAAGCAGUCACAUAAAAUAUGGCUUACCAGCAGAAAGGACUGUGUGUGGAACUGAGUUGAAGUACAGUUUGGAAGUGUCUUUCGCUUGCAAGUGCUGCGGCACAAUCCACCAAGUAGAUUCAAUUAAAGUUGAUUCAUAGAUAAAAUGUGUCUUAUUCAAGGUGUGCUUUUUCUCUAAUGAUACAGCAGUUAUGGCGUAGGUAAUAAAAAUUUUGCUAAAUGGC